AAAAGAUACAUGUCACGUUUUACAGAUUCAGAUGCUUGGCUAUGACAUAUCCUGGGCCGGUUUCAAUAUCAUUGAAGUAAUGAGCUCUUCACGAUUUACAUGUAAACGUAUAGGAUACUUGGCUGCAAGUCAAUGCUUUCAUCCCGAAAGCGAGUUGCUUAUGUUAACGACAAAUAUGAUACGCAAGGAUUUGAAUUCUCAAAAUCAAUAUGAUGCCGGUGUGGCUUUAAGUGGACUUAGCUGUUUUAUCUCACCGGAUUUAUCACGUGAUCUUGCAAAUGAUAUUAUGACACUUAUGAGCUCCACUAAACCGUAUUUGCGUAUGAAAGCCGUCCUUAUGAUGUAUAAAGUGUUUUUGCGCUACCCAGAAGCACUAAGACCUGCAUUCCCUAAACUUAAGGAAAAAUUGGAGGAUCCCGAUCCAGGAGUACAAUCCGCUGCCGUUAAUGUGAUUUGUGAGUUAGCGCGUAAAAAUCCAAAGAACUAUUUGCCUUUAGCACCAGUCUUUUUCAAACUCAUGACAACGUCUACCAACAACUGGAUGCUAAUUAAAAUAAUAAAACUGUUUGGCGCUUUAACUCCUUUAGAACCCCGGCUAGGAAAGAAAUUAAUAGAACCUCUCACAAAUCUUAUUCAUAGCACGUCGGCUAUGAGUCUGCUUUAUGAAUGCAUAAACACAGUGAUCGCGGUGCUCAUCAGUAUCAGCAGCGGCAUGCCAAAUCAUAGUGCCUCUAUACAACUUUGUGUCCAAAAAUUGCGAAUUCUUAUCGAGGACUCCGAUCAGAAUUUGAAAUAUCUCGGACUUUUGGCCAUGUCUAAGAUCUUGAAAACUCACCCUAAAAGUGUUCAAGAGCACAAAGAUUUGAUUUUGGCGUGUUUAGAUGAUAAAGACGAAUCCAUACGUCUUCGUGCACUGGAUCUGCUAUAUGGCAUGGUAUCAAAGAAGAACCUCAUGGAAAUCGUCAAACGCCUACUAGGCCACAUGGAGCGCGCUGAAGGAUCGCUAUAUCGCGAUGAAUUACUCUAUAAAGUAAUUGAGAUUUGCGCACAAAGUUCUUAUUUGUACGUUACAAAUUUCGAAUGGUAUUUGACUGUGCUGGUGGAAUUGAUUCAACUUGAGGCGGGCUCCAAGCACGGACGUUUAAUCGCCGAGCAACUUUUGGAUGUUGCCAUACGUGUUCCGGUUGUACGACAAUUUGCGGUUAAUGAAAUGACGAAUUUGCUGGAUACAUUUUCGGUAACAUCGCAAAGCACCUCAAUGUACGAAGUGCUAUAUGCUGCCGCUUGGAUUGUCGGCGAAUUUUCAAAUGAUCUAGAAGAUGCGGAAAAGACUUUAAAUAUUUUGUUGCGCUCACGGCAAGUGCCUGGUCAUAUACAGAGUGUGUUUGUGCAAAACGUUACAAAACUAUUUACAAGACUGGCAACGACUUGCUUGGAAAACGAAGAAGUAAACGGCCUCAUUAAGCUUUGCGAUCACGUUCUGGAGAAAUUACAAAAUUUUAAUAGUUCCAAUGACAUUGAGGUUCAAGAACGUGCCAAUUCUGCUUGUAUUCUAAUUGAAAUGCUGCGUUCGCAAUUCAAGAUCCCUGCUCGUGGUUCUGAACUUAAUAGCAAUCAAGAUGCAAAUACCACAUUGGACAUUCUUUCCACGGACGACAAUGAAAACUUGGCCAUGCAUAGCCCAUUGAGCACCGCAGCCACUAUACCGACCCUUGCUAUAGAAAUAGUUCAAGAGAUGGCAUUAUUGUUUGAAGGCGAACUUAUACCAGUGGCGCCAAAGGCACAACGCAAAGUUCCUCUACCAGACGGCCUUGAUCUAGAUGAGUGGAUAAAUGCGCCGCCUGAAGAUGAAAGCAGUACCUCUUCCCAGGAGGAUAAAGAUGAACUUUUUGUAUCAGCUAUGCAUAAUGAGGAUGGCGCUGCAGGAAAGCGUCGUAACAGUGAAGAAAUUACACCUGAACAGAUGGAACGUAAUCGCAUGGCUCGACUCAUAGAACAAUCUCAUAACCCACACUACAUUAAGUCAUCACCAUCUGCAACGGAUGUGAAUAAACAGAAAGCGACAGGUGCGAACAUUUCUAGCUACAAUGCAGAUCAGUAUGAUAAUAUUGAUGAUAUACCGAUUUCGGAGCUUUCCUUGGAUGUCCCGCUGCAGAUUGGAGUUAUGAAACGCUCUGACCGCUAUCUCGUCCAGGAUAAAACCACAAGUAAGGAGAAGAAAAAGCACAAGAAGACGAAAAAAAAUAAGAAGUCGAAAAAUAAAGUCGCUUACAGCAGCUCUGAAUCGGAGGAUGACUCCAAACCGCUCCAUAUAGUAAAUACUACCAUGGAUAUGCCUGAGGGAGUGGCACUAUCAGAUAGUGAGGAUAAAGAUUCUAAAUUCGAUCCAAAUGACCCGCACCGCGCCUUGAAUAUCGAUUUGGAAAUUCCUGUUGUGGAAGAAUCUAAAAACCGGUUUGAUGAGAUCAAUUCUGCGCGUAAUAAUCCACGGGAUUUGGGAACAGAAGCCGAUUCUGAUAAGAAAGUAAGCAAUAAGAAACGUGAAAAGAAAAAGUCCAAAAGUAAAGAAAAGGACGUGAAAGAAUUAAAAGACAAAAGUAGCGUGGGAAUCAAAAGUACAUCGAAAAUACAUUCCAAGUCCAAAUCAAAGACAAAAUUGCAAAAUAAUGAAAAUGCGGAUAACACCAAUUUGUUGGAUAUUCCGUCAGAGGAUGUUAAAAGUUUAAAAGUGGAUAGUAGCAUUUACAUUGCGAGAAAAGGCAAAAAGGAAAAAACUCAGAAAUCUAAAAAUAUAAUUCAGGAAAAUAUUAGUGGAGAGAAAGAGAAAAAAGCCAAGCACCAUCAUCACCAUCAUAGCAAGAGUAAGGAUAAGAAAACAGCGGACCAAGUAUCGUCAAAAGGAGAUUAUGAAGAAGCCAUUGGCAUCUCAACACCAAGCAAGGAGAUAAACAUCAUUUAAUUUACGAACACAUACUUCUCAUACUGUCUGUAUAACCGUCCUUCGCCACUCUUUUUUUUUUUUGUUUGUUAAUUAGCUACAAUGGCAUAAAGAGAUACUUAAGACUUCUUCGUCUAAAAAGUAGAUACUUUUUUUUUCAUUUUAUAAAACAAAUGUUAUAUGAAUUGUUGGUUCAUCAGUAUGCAAUACACGUGGCGUCAAUUCUACUUUGCAUUGUGCAUGAAAUAUCAGAAACGAGUGCGUUGUUGAAUCUCACGCAAAAUUGUUAUAUAAGCACUGCACAGAAUAUGCAAGUGUACAUUAAAUAGUUUCAAAAAAUUUUAAAUUGUUGCAUAAAAAUGCGUUCAAUGUAUACAUCAAAAGUCGUUCGUACCUACUUUCAUACAUUGAUUACGCAUGUAUGUAUGUUGUAAGUUCUUUCCUAAUAAAAUAAUUCGUAUCUUUACAUAUGAAACAUACUUCCAAAUAAAAGAAAACAACAUGAACACAGAGCUUCUAGCUUUAAAAACUUUAAAGAGACAAACUGUUUACUUUUAUAUAUAUAUCAAGUGUAAACUGAUAGAUGAUCGCAGAAGUAGUAGACGUAAAAUAUAUUAUAAAUGCAUCUACAAUCGUAUAUACAUACACAUGUCCCACUAAUAAACUAAAGGGAAAACUAUAGAUUCGUAUAACUUACCCGCUAGUUAAGACAUCAAUUCUUAUAAAAUAUUCUAUUGUAAUAUAGAUACAUAGUAAGUUUGUAAAGUAAAUGUAUAACGACCGAACAAAUAAAAUAAUACAUACAUAUGUAGUACAUAUAAUCAAUGAAAGCAAUUCA